AAAUAAUUUAUUCCAUAAAUAAAAAAAUAUUUAUAAUAAAAAAAAAAUAUGCAUACCAAUUAUUCUGACUUUUCACUUGAAUAAAUUUUAUCUAAUACUGAUUAUUCAAUCAAGAAAACUAAAAUAAUCUGUACUAUUGGACCAUCUUGUUUAUAGCAUGAAACAUUAUUAUAAAUGCUUGACAACGGUAUGAAUAUAGCCCGUUUGAAUUUUUCUCAUGGAGACCAUGAAAGUCAUGCUUAAGUAAUAAAAAAGUUAAGAGAAGCCUUUAAAGAAAGAAAACAUUUGCCUUGUGCCAUCUUAUUAGAUACUAAAGGACCUGAAAUAAGAACUGGUAUUUUAAAAGACAAAAAAGUAACACUUGUAGCCGGAUAAGAUUUAGAAAUAAGUAAAUAUUUAUAUUUAAUAUAAUUUUUUAUAAUAUUAAAUUAGCUACUGAUUAUACAUUUGCUGGAGAUAAUACAAAAAUAUCCUGCUCUUAUAAAUCUUUACCAAAAUCUGUAAAAGUAGGAAAUUAAAUUCUUAUUGCAGACGGUACUUUAGUAUGUAUUGUUAAAGAAUUAAAAGAAGUAAAAUAAAAAAAAUCAUUCAAAUACAAUAUAUAUAUAAAUAAGGAUGGAGUAAUAGUAACAGUAAAAAAUGGAAUUACUAUAGGCGAAAAAAAAACAUGAACUUACCAGGUUGUAUAGUAGAUUUACCAACAGUAACCGAAAAAGAUGAAGAUGAUAUAGUAAAUUUUGGUUUGAAACACGGAAUAGAUAUGAUAGCCUUAUCUUUUGCAAGAAAACCCGAAGAUGUUGAAUAUGUACGUGAUUUGUUAGGACCUUAAGGACAACAUAUAAAGAUAAUAUGCAAAAUCGAAAACCAAGAAGGUUUACAUAACUAUGAAGCCAUCCUUAAAGUCACUGAUGGCAUAAUGGUUGCUCGAGGAGAUCUUGGAAUGGAAAUUCCUCCUCAAAAAGUCUUUGUAGCCUAAAAAUGGAUGAUCAGAAAGGCCCUAGAAGCUGGAUCUCCAAUUGUUACAGCUACCUAAAUGAUGGAAAGUAUGAUUUAAAACCCUCGCCCAACCCGUGCUGAGGCUUCUGAUGUUGCUAACGCAGUUUUAGAUGGUACUGAUGCUGUUAUGUUAUCAGGAGAAACUGCUAAUGGAUCUUUUCCUACUGCUGCAGUAGAAAUAAUGGCUCAUAUAUGUAAAGAAGCAGAAGGAUGUUAUAAUAAUCAUGAUACUUUCUGGGCUAGAACUAAACAUAAAGUAAAUAUAUAUUUUAUUAAUAAUAUAUAUAUAUUAUUAUCUUUUUAGAAAAGAGUUUGCUCUUCUGAAAGUGUUGCGAUUGCAGCAGUUUAAGUUUCCUUUGAAAUUGAAGCUAAAGCAAUUAUUGUUUUUACUACUUAAGGUGAUAUGGCUAGACUUGUGGCUAAAUAUAGACCUUCGGCUUAAAUUUUAGCUGUUUCUACUGAAAAUGGAACUAUUAAGGGUUUAACAGUUAGUUUUGGAGUAAAAUGCUUAAGAGUGCCUUCAUUUUAGGGUAUUUAAAAACUUAUUGAGUAUGCUAUUUAGGCUUCAAAGGAUUUCGGAUAUUGUUAGAGUGGAGAAUAAGUUGUGGUUAUUUAAGGUAGUAAUGAAGAAGAUCCUGAUUAAGGUGAUAUUAUGAAAAUUUGUAAUGUACCAUGAAUUUACUUUUUUAGAGAAAUAAGGAAUUUAAAUAACUUUUUUUUACAUGUUCCUUUUUUUACUUUUAUUAGUUUUGUUUUUUAAUUUAUUUAAAAAAGAAAUUAGAAUUUAAUUUUUUAUAUAUAAUUAU